UCGCGGCAGCGCCGCACACCUGGGUACAGCCCCAGCACCGACGUGCAGCACCGAGCGGCAGCACCGAGGGCCGGCCCGGAGCAUGGCGCGGGAGCUGAGCCAGGAGGCCGUGCUGGAUUUCCUCUGGGCGGCCGGGGGCCGAGCCCCCAACACGGCUCUGCUCCGCCACUUCCAGCGCUUUCUCCGCGACCCGGCUCUGACGGAGCAGCAGCGGCGGGAGCGCCGCGAAUACUUCAAGAGCCUCGUCAAUUCCCUGGCCACCGUCCACCCCGCCGCCGCCCCCGGCGCCUCCAAGGACAUCGUCCUCCGCCGCAGGUACCGCGACCUCCUCGACGAGGAGCUGCCGCCGCCGGAGGAACAGCCGGAGCAGGAAGCAGAGAAGGACCCGCCGCCGCCCCGACGCGACCCCGACCGGCGGCACGGCCCCCGAGAGGAGGUGGCGGAAAAGGGGAGGCCCGGCGGGGGGCAGCUCCCCGGGGCCGCCGUCGCGGGGGGCUGCGCUGCCCGGGGCCGCGGCGGACCCUGUUGUGAAUGCCGCCGGGCGCGCCGCGCUGCCGUGCCGGUCCCCGGGGCGCCGUCCCCCGCCGGGCCGCCCCGUUCCCCGCCACCGCCCCCUGCGCAGCCGCCCCCGUAUCGGACCCAGCCGCUGUCCUCGGGCCUCUGGGCGCUACACUCCGGCGGGCCACCGCGGUCCCGGUCCCCGGCGCUGCCGUCGGUUCCUGGAACGCUCACCCCCGCUGUGCCACCGCGGUCCCGCUUGCCGCCCCCCGCCGGGAUGCCCCCAUACCAGAGCCUGCAGCCGCCCUCUGCCAGAUCGCCCCGGUCCCCACCGCUGCCGUCGGGUCCCGGGCUGCUGCCUCCCACUGGUUCAGUCCCGUCCGAGUCCCUGCCACCACAAGGCUUUAGAGGGCCGCCGCCAUCCCAGUCCCUGCCAUCGGGUCCCGGGGUGCUGCCGCCUGACAGGCUGCCUCUGUGCCAGGCUCCGCCACAGCUUCCCGCCAGGAUGCCCCUACUGAAGAACCCACCAUCCUCAGCAAGUCCAGGAGGGCAGCCACCACCCCCAUCAUCCCAAUCCCCACAGCUGUCAUCAGGACCCAAGGUGCUGUCCCGUCCCGGUCCACCCCCGUCCUGGUCCCCAAAGCCACCCCUUGCCAAUCCACCCCUAUCCCAAUCCCUGCAGCUGCUGUCCACCCCUGGGGUGCUGCCCCUGUCCCGGUCCCUGCAGACACUGCUCCCCAGCCCCUCCCCGUCCCCAUCCCCAACCCCACUGCUUUUAUCAGGUCCAGAUGUGCUUCCCUCCACCAGGCUGCCCCCAUCACAGUCCAGGUCCCUGCAGCAACUGCCCACUGGGCCAUCCCCAGCCCCACCGAGGGGAUCCAGGGUGCUGACCCCCAACAAACCAACCCCAUCUCAAGCCCUGCAGCUGCACCCUAUCGGGCCAUCCCCAUACCAAACCCUGCCACUGCCAUCAGGCUCUAGGGUGCCAGCAUCCCAGUCCCUGAUGCCAGUGAACAGCCCCACAGGGCCCCCAGCCUCAGAAAGCAGCCCCACAGCACUGCUGCCUGUCUUCAGGAGCAUCAGGUGCCAACUUGCUUCGUUCGAGGUGCAGGGUAUCCCUUCAUCACUGCCAGAUGACUGCGGGCAGCAGCCCCGCACCAUGCCCUCCAAGAGCUCCCCUAGGAACAUCCAAAGCCGGGGGCUGUUGGUGCCGCUGGGGAGACGGGAACAUGCCUGGCUAGUGGCAGUGUCAGCAGGGUCCUGGGCCCAGGUGCGGGGGCUCUUCCUGGAAGAGCCAGAGCUGGCCCUGCAGCGGGACUUCAUGUCGGGCUUCACGGUCCUUCACUGGCUGGCUAAGCACGGCGAUGGGCCAGGCCUGCAGGAGCUGGCGGCAGCAGCGCGGCAGGCUGGGCUGACCCUGGAUGUGGAUGCCCGCUCGGGCUGUGGGUACACACCGUUGCAUCUGGCUGCCAUACACGGCCACCAGCUUGUCAUCAAGGUGCUGGUGCUGCAGCUGGGGUGCCAGGUGCAAGUGCGGGACGGCAGCGGGCGCCGGCCCUGGGAGUACCUGGGCAGCUCCACCUCGGGGGAGAUCUGGCAGCUCCUGGAGGCACCCCGAGGAACGAUCAUGUUCCCCACGCAGCCCCUGGCCCGCAGCGUGUCCUCUGUCAGCAAGGUCUCGCUGUCCACUGGCAGGGCGACACUGCCUGCCUGCCUCAGGCCGCAGCACGGCCAUGGGGCAGCAUCCCACCAAACCUGCAGCGAGAGUGACUGAGAGACAUCCCCCUGGCACACCCUGUGGAGACAGGACCCCGGGGGCCAUCCUGCACGGGGAAGCCAGGCAGGCAGAGAAAAGCUGUGAAACAGAUUGAACCUAUUGAAGAAUGUAUUUUUAAAUUAAUCCAAUGAAGAGUUGUCUGAGCCUCUCUG